GUAAUACUCACUUCAUCAACUAAACUUGAGAAAAUAAACACCAAAAUUUUCUACACUUUCAAGCUCCAAUGGAGCUUACAUUUACUAGUUUUCAGUUGUACUUCUGCCUGCUCUUUUCUCUCGUCUUCGCCGUUCAUGCGAAGAUAUACCUCGACCCAUCCGACUACAAAGCCUUUCAAGUCAUCCAAAGAGACUUAGGCAUAAGUGAUUACCACCCUUCUUUUACUAGAACUCCUUGCAACUCUCCUGCUGUUUCUUGUGAGCGGAGAGUUGCGAGUUACAACUCUGUUUUGAAGAUCACUCGUAUUGUUUAUGAGUCGGAGCAGCUUGACGGGUUCAUUUCUCCGGUUAUUGGUCAGCUCUCGGAGCUUAGAGAGCUGACUUUGUCAACUAAUCAUCUUGUUGACCAAAUACCAGAAGAAAUUGUUGACUGUUUGAAACUUGAGGUUCUUAACCUUAAAAAUAACCAUUUUACUGGCCGUGUGCCCUCUGAAUUGUCGAAACUUGUCCGUCUUCGAGUGCUUGAUCUUUCCAUGAAUAGGUUUGUUGGGGAUUUGACCUUCUUGAGGUACUUCCCGAAUUUAGAGAGCCUCUCACUUGCUAAUAAUCUAUUCACUGGGAAGGUUCCAGCAUCUUUGAAGUCGUUUAGGAACUUGCAAUUCUUUGACAUUUCUGGGAAUGAUUAUAUUCAAGGUCCAUUACCUGUUCUAAAAGGGGUAGAAUAUAUAUCAUCAGAAGUGUCAAGGAAGAGCUUAGUUCCAAGAAGAUAUAUACUUGAUGUAAAUACAACUAGGGGCAACCACAGUCCAAAAGCAAGCUCUGGUCCUGCUCAAGCUCCUUCGCCAUCUCCACCUAAAACUAAGCGCCACCACAAACGCAAGAAGCUCGCAGCGUGGCUACUUGGGUUUCUUGCUGGAGCGAUAGUGGGGGGUAUAUGCGGGAUGAUAUUUUCGGGACUUGUGAAGAUGUGUUUAGUUAUGUUACGUGGUGGAGGGAAGGGUGCCGGACCAUCAAUCUUCAGUCCACUUAUUAAGAAAGCAGAGGACCUUGCUUUUUUGGAGAAAGAAGAUGGUUUGGCAAACUUACAGUUGAUAGGAAAAGGUGGAUGUGGUGAAGUAUACAAAGCAGAGUUGCCAGGGAGCAAUGGCAAGAUGAUUGCAAUAAAGAAGAUACUCGAACCGCCUAAGGAGGCUGUGGAGCUCACUGAAGAAGAUAGUAAGAUGUUAAACAAGAAGAUGCUUCAAGUUCGAUCGGAGAUUAAAACAGUUGGCAGAGUCAGGCACCGCAAUUUGCUACCUCUCCUUGCUCAUGUGCCACAAUCCAACUGUCAUUUGCUUUUGUACGAGUAUAUGAAAAAUGGUAGUCUACAAGAUAUAAUGGCACAACUUGCCAAUGGAACCACAGAGUUAGAUUGGUUAUCUCGAUAUAGAAUAGCACUCGGAGUGGCUUCUGGAAUUGAACAUCUCCAUAUGAACAUUAAUCCCCGUAUCAUUCACAGGGAUCUCAAGCCAGCCAACAUCCUCCUUGAUGAUGAUAUGGAGGCUCGAAUUUCAGAUUUUGGGCUUGCAAAGGAAAUGCCAAUCGAGAAUACCCACAUGUCAACUUCAAAUGUUGCUGGAACAGUUGGGUAUAUAGCUCCAGAGUAUCACCAAACUGUGAAGUUCACAGACAAAUGUGAUAUAUUCAGCCUUGGGGUGGUUCUUGGAGCUCUAGUGAUGGGAAAGUUACCGGGGGAUAUUUUCUUUCAAGACACAGCUGAGUUAAGCUUGGUGUCAUGGAUAAGGAACGUCAUGAUUUCGGAGGAUCCUAAAAGAGCAAUUGAUCCUACGCUAAUGGGUAAUGGGUAUGAAGAGCAAAUGCUUCAAGUGCUCAAAAUUGCUUGCUUUUGCACUCUAGACGAUCCUAAAAAAAGGCCUAACAGUAAGGAAGUUAGGUGUAUGUUGGCUCAAAUCAGUCACUUAAACUUAAGCUAAAUAUUUACCAAAAUGGAAGCAAAUGUAGACUAUAUAGUAUGUAAUUCGGCCACACGAAAGCAUAUCUAAUGCAUCAAUUAAGUGUCUGAUUUUAAAAAUAUGUUAUUGAAUCAAAUAUCAUCAAAAUGUUUUCUGAUA